AUGCAGCACGUCCUCCAAGCCGGUCUCUCUUCUGGGAUGUCAGCCGUCGCUGGCAUCCACAGUGGCAAGCACACCAAGCCUAAUCCAGUUGACCCUUCUUUCGACGGCCUCGCCGCUGUGAUGCCAGAGGACUGGGUUCCAACCGCAGACAAAAAGGUCACAUACAAGGGCAAGAACGGUGAUGUCCACGCACCACCACUAUGUAUCGGCGCAUGGUCGUGGGGUGACACCUCCACCUGGCAUUGGAAGCCCGAAGAAGAACCACAUGUAGUCGCAGCCUGGAAGCACUGCCUCAGCAAAGGCGUCAACUUCAUUGACACAGCGCAAGUCUACGGUACGGGAAUGAGCGAAACAAUCUGCGGGAGACUAUUCCAGGGUUUACCAAGAGACAGCUUCGUUAUACAAGACAAGUUUUUCGUCGUACCUCAAGCAAAAGAUGUCCUCCACCCUACAAUGGCGCCCCUCAAGAAGCUCGAAACCUCCCUUAAGAACUUCGGCCUAGACUACAUUGACAUCUACCUCGUCCACGGCCCCAUCCAUGUCCAAACCAUUUCCAUGAUCGCCAAAGGCAUGGCCGAAUGUGUGGAAAAGGGCAUGACCAAGACCGUCGGCGUAGCCAACUACAGCCUCCAAGACAUGAUCAAGAUGUCGGACGAACUAGCCAAAUACGGUGUCCCCCUCGCCAUCAACCAAGUCGAAUUCUCCGUCCUCCGCCGCGAACCAGAACUCUCUGGCCUCCUCCAAGCCUGCAAGGAACGUGGUAUUGUCUUGCAAUCAUACUCGUCGCUCGCGCAGGGUCGUCUUACGGGAAAAUACACGGUUGACAACCCACCGCCAAAGACGUACCGCUUCUCUAGCUACGAUAUGAAGGAUAUCGAGCCUGUUAACGUUGUGUUGAAGAAGAUUGCGGAUAAGCACGGGGUGCCGCAAAGUGCCGUUGCGCUGAACUACAACCUGUGUAAGGGUAUCACACCAGUUUGUGGUGUGAGGAAAGAGGAGCAGGCUGUGGGCAAUUGUGCAGCGCUUGGAUGGAGACUGAGCAACGAGGAGAUUAGGGAGAUUGAUGGAGUGAGCUUCCAGGGACAUACCACGAGUUUGUGGCAGCAGGGUUAA